AUGAGUGCCAGUGAAGUUGAAGCUAUGAAAGAUCUUAACCUCGAGAACCAGGAGGUAGAUGCGAACGAGCCGGCUGCCCCGCAAUCUCGCGCCGAGCGCAGGAGCCGCAAGCUUAUGCAGGGUGUGGGCCUGAAGAAAGUGGAAGGCAUUCAGCGAGUUACUCUGCGACGCCCGCGUGGUCACCUUUACGUGGUUGCCAAGCCAGAGGUGUUCAAGUCUGCUGUGUCUGACUGCUACGUCAUUUUCGGUGAGGUGAAGAGCGAAGACAUGAGUGCUUUCGCUCAAGCUCAGGCUGCUCAGAUGGCUCAGGCCCAGAAGUCUGUUAGCGAUGACGCUGGAACUGCUUCUUCGGCUCCUAGCUUUAACUUGAACGACCUUACAUCUAGCAAGAAGGUUGAGGACGAUGAAGAAGAAGACGAAAAUGCUCCUAUCGAUGAGACGGGCGUCGAUCAAAAGGACAUUGAUCUUGUUAUGGAACAAGUGUCUUGCUCUCGUCGCAAGGCCGUGAAGGCACUGAAAGAAAAUGAUGGUGACCUGAUCAAUGCCAUCAUGAGCGUUAGCUAA